AUGUUGAUAAUUCUCGAAAUUCUAAUCGCCACCGACGAGCUUUGUCUCACGGAAUUAGCUGAUUACAUCAUUGAGCAUCUUUUUAUCCAUAAACAAUGGAUGCGAGAAAAUUUUAUUUUGAUCUAUCAAACAGCAUUCCUUAAGGGAUCGUUUAAGAAUCUUCAAUUAUUUUGUAUGGAUAUUAUUGAAAAGACACCAGAUAUAAUAUUCAAAGCCAAAGAUUUUACAGGCAUUGACCCCAAUCUGCUAACUACUUUAUUAGGACAAAGUAACUUACUUACGCCAGAAAUUGAAAUUUGGGAUGCACUUCUCAAAUGGGGAAUGUCCAAUACAUCACCUACUCUCGAUCCAAAUUAUAAAACUUGGACACAAGAAUCAUUUCAAAAAUUACAAGAAAUUUUGCAACAAUUUAUUCCUCUUAUCAAUUUUACAGUAAUUUCUUCAAGCGAUUUUUAUUAUAAAGUUAUACCAUUUCAACUCAUUCUUCCAAGUGAUCUAUACGAUGAUUUACUUAAAUUUCAUUUAGCACCUCAAAUCAAUCCAACACACCCAUUUUUACGCUCUCCAAAAAGGAAUCAACCGUUCCAAUCAAUAUUUAUUAAUAACAAUCACGCAGCUUGGAUAAUGAGUCAAAUUGAUUACGAUCAACCAGCCAUAACUUACAAUGGAAAUAAUCCAAAAUUACUUCCUUACGAUCUUAAAUUAUUAAUACGUGGUAGCAAUGGUUGUAUGUCAGAUGAAAUAUUUCAUAAUUGUUGCGAUUUGAAAGGACCUACUAUUACUAUAAUUAAAGUUAAGGAUAUGGAUGAAAUUUUGGGAGGAUAUAAUCCCCUAUCAUGGGAUCACAGCACAAAAUGGGCAGAGACUUCUUCUAGUUUUAUAUUUUCUUUAAAUAGAGCAAAUGUUGGUCAAUCUAUUGUUAGUAGAGUAAUAAAUUAUAGUAAAGCAAUUAGAAAUUCACAUGGGCCAUCAUUUGGCGAUGGUGAUUUGUGGGUGAAAGUCACUUGUGUUAGAAAUCUUGCCCUUCCUAGUUUUUGUAGACCGAGAAGUUAUGAGAGAAGAAUUUUUGAUUUAGAACAAUUUCAUGUGGAAGACUAUGAAGUAUUUCAGGUUAUUAAAAAGACUAAUGUUAUUUAUCUCUAG